AUGCCUGCCUCGCUGGAUUCUGAGCGCCCAAUCAUGGUGCCUUCGACCCGCACAUCAGUACGAUUUAGCACCUACAGCAUGUCUCCCUCCGUCGCGCCCACCGUCCGCACCACCGACAGCGCCACCGCCGAGAUCCACGACAUCGAGAAGGGCCUCGACCGAAUGGAGAACAAGGCCCUGUCCCAGCAGCGCGUCGUGCUGACCGAGGAGAAGAGCGCCAACCUCAGUAAGCUGGCCCUCGGCGCCAAGCUGGACCGCGCCCUCGGCCGGAGGAUGCACGGCCAGGACGCCGUCAUGCGGGAACGGAAGCCGAGCAACGCCGCCGACAAGGAGAAGAUCUGA